CGCACGAUCGUAAUUCCCUCGUACCGUCUUCAAGCCAAAAAGCCGCCCCACUCAUCAUAGAUCAUUCCCGCAACCUCCGAUUUCAGAAAAACAAAAACCCAAUUUUUACAUAAAUACAUACAUACAUAGAGAGAGAGUAGUGAGAGAGAGAGAGAGAGAACAGAGAAAUGGGUUGCAGAAACAGAGAGUUCUCUGGAGAAGAAAGGGCCGUCCAGGCUUCACUCAGCGACGCCUUACUAUUCACUACUAUGUGCAUCAUUGGCCUCCCAGUCGAUGUUCAUGUCAAAGAUGGAUCAAUUUAUUCUGGAAUCUUCCACACUGCCUGUCUUGAGAACGACUAUGGUGUCGUGUUAAAGAAAGCAAGGAUGACUAAAAAGGGGAAUUGUGAUGCUAAUGUAGCAAGUGGGGAUGUGAUAGAAACCCUUGUUGUCAUAUCAGAAGAUCUCGUCCAAGUGGUUGCCAAGGGAAUUUUGCUUCCGGGUAAUGGUGUUGCUUGCAAUGUCGCUGGUGACUAUGUAGGGGAUAUUGCAGACACUAUUCCUUCCCUUGAAUGUGCAGACAGGGAGGUAAAAAUGGAAAAGUCUAGCAAAACCAACACAGACAGAAUGCAAACUAGUAAAACAAGGAGAACACCCCAUACCGAGAAUGGUAUCACUCAUAGGUUUACAAGUACAAAAGUGUGCCAUGUAGGCAAUCCUCUAGAAGUUGAACAUGGGAAAUCAGAUGGCAUACAUCCUGUAAAGAAGGAUGAAGCUUCCAGUGCCCUAGUUAAUGGGAGACAGAUUGGAGAUGGCAGAUCACAAGGGAAACAGUUUGAUUAUGAAGCAAAGUCUGAUUUUCAAAAGAAAGAACUUACACAUGAAGUACAAGGCUCAGGUUCAAGCUUUGAUGCUUGCUUUACCCAGUCGAAAGCUGUUGAGGGAAUUCGUUCAGAUAUGUCAUCCAAAUUGCUGCCAAAUGGUGCACCUUCUGAUCAUCCUCUUCCUUCCAUUGGUGAACUGAACAGCCAAUGUCAAGAUAGGCAUACUUCAGAAGAAAAUGCAUACUCCAAUGCUAUUUCCUCAGCUGUUUCAACUUCUGACACAUCUUUUGUGAAGGGUAACACUGAAUCACGUGUCAGUUCAUCAUCGACUCUAACUGAAAUGGUCCCUCCAAAAAGUUCACAUUCGGCUUCUAAGGAAUUUAAGCUCAACCCUGAGGCUAAGGUAUUUUGCCCGUCAUUUGCAAAUCAUAGAUCGGUGACUCCUCCAGCAGUGCCAACAGUUGCAAAUGUGGCUUACAUACCUGAUAACUUUCCUGUGGUACCCAUUGCUAGUGCACAGCCAGAAGUUGAAAUCAGCCCGUUUGUCCCACGUUCAUCUCUGCCUGUCAAGUUUGUUCCAUAUGGUAACUUUGUAGCUGGCAGUGGAAUCGGCGAUUCUCAAUAUUCUCAACCGAUUAUUGGACAUAUCGGAAACAGGACUCAGUCAGUUAGAUAUGAUGGCCAGCAUCAUCAUUCUAUCCAAGCAGGGCCUGCCUACAUGCAUCCGAAUUCCCAAAAUGUUAUGGUUGGACGAUUGGGGCAGCUCAUUUACAUGCAUCCAUUUUCUCAUGAUGUGAAUCAAGGUGCAGCAGCUUUCUCUCAAGUUUCUAACCGUCACUUGCUGACUCCACAUCAGGGCCAUCUUCCUAAGCAUCAAGGAAAUGCAGCAGCUCAAGCAUUGCAGCUGUGUGUGACUCCGCCUUUUAUAGCUGGACAGCAGCCAUUUGCAGCAGCGCAAAGCCACAUCCCCCUUCCGCAGCCUCCCUUCCCUGUGAUUCGUUCUAUUCCAGUUCCAGGAUCCAAUGGUCUCUUCAGCACCAAGUUUCCGUAAAUAUGCUCACCAGGAAAAAAAAAAAUUUAUUAUUUCUUUUCGCAAAAAUUUUGACUAUAGCUAGUUUUAGUGGUCUUUGAAAAUUCUUUUAACAAAACAAUUGAACUCUAGAGGAGCCUAAAUUUUUCUAGUUUGAAGAGCAUUUUCUUAUAAUUCUGAGAUAUAGGAUGACAUUACAUGGAAACUUCGAGCAUCAUAAGGUGAAGAGAUAAGGUACCGCUAUUUGUAAAUGAAAUGCAUCAUUUUUUUUAUUCAUGCCGUUUUGGAUGCAAUAUGAUUUCUAUGUACUGAGAAUCAUUAACUGAAAAUGUGAGUCUUCAUUUCGUUUCAA